AUGCUCUCUAUAUCUUCUCGUAUGCUCCGUUUGAGAGUUCCAGCAAGACUUCUCUCGUCUUCUGCAUUUACUCUCAACCAAGCCAAAUCGUCUGUUCCAGCAGGCACCGUGUUGAACCUCAAGAUCAGAAAAAAUGGUGAUGAACCAGUGGCUUUGGAAGACAGCGAAUAUCCCGAGUGGCUCUGGGACACCCUCGACAAAGAGAAGUUGGACGCCAAAUUAAAGGAGGAGAACCUUAUGAAGUGGAGAAAAAAACAGAUCAACAAGGCCAACACUGCCAAGAUCAAGAACAACAACUUCAUCUCUCAGAUGUGA